GUCGCGGAGUCCGGUUGUCCGGUGGUUCUAGCGUGUGCUUUGCGGCUAAGCGGCAAAGUUCAACGAAAUGGGCACGGAACGGCUGUGGGCGGCCGUGUUGUUGUUUACGUGCGUCGCGAUCGAAAUAUCGGCCGAUUCGUACGUGUCAGAGCCUUCCCUGGGCGUCUCGUUCGAGUUCAAGCUACAUGUGGACGCCGGCAAAGAGGAGUGUUUUUAUCAGAACGUUGAGGCCGGAUCGUCGGUCUACGUGGCCUACCAGGUUUUAAGGGGUGGUGAUGGUCAAGCCGGAUUCGCAGUAAGGCAUCCCAAUGGCAAUCAUGUCUUACCGUAUCAGUGGAGGCCUUCGGCUGAAUACGAAGAAACAACUUCAACUGGAGGAUACUACGAGCUGUGCAUAGACAACUCCAUGUCCCACUUUGCGGCCAAGCUCGUCAGCCUGUAUUUCAAUUCCUUCAAGAGGGACAAGUGGGAAUCAUAUGUGCAGGAACUUGAGUCACUCGGAGUCACGGUGUCCAACUUCACUGAAACGCUGCAGAAGGUAGACGGCCAGGUGGGUGAGAUGCUGAAGUACCAGGACCAGAACAGGAGGCACCUCUCGCGCGACUGGUACAUUGUGGAUGGCAACAACCGCUACGUCCAGUACUGGUCCCUUGCCCAGUGCAUUGUCAUCGUGGCCACUUCCGCACUACAGGUGUACUUUGUGCGGAAGCUGUUCGAAGUGAAGAAUGUCACACCGACGCUCAAGCCACGGGCAUGAGCCCGCAACUGUUGACCCUCUCGUUGUGCGUGCACACGGUUUGUGAUGUGACAUCAACCCCCCCCCCCCCAUCACAAUUGGGCCAGCGGGUAGUUCCAUGCGUUUGUUUCCAUUGCUGGCAUUGUACAGACAAGGAAGCUUUCGUUUCUUUUUUUGCUCGGAGGGAGCUUACUCGUCUACCUUGGCUAAAACAUUGCAGUUGCAUGCAUCUCGAAAUGUACCAAGCAAAGGGACCUUUCAGGGGAGAAUGGAGCGGAGCGUAUCAUCUUCUCACUUCUGCCCGUCAUUUUUGUACGAAACAUCGCACAACCUCACACUCAACUAAACCAAAAAGGGAACAGUCUGCCCACGUGUGUGCGGAGUUGGCUUGUCAUGUUUCUGCCUCGUUUUUAGUCCUGUCCCAUUUCGAACAGCCUGCACAGUUGUCGUUAAUUUAUGCCAAGUUCCAUAAAGUGAGCAACAUCAGUGAAGAAUUUAUGGGCCACGUCAUGCUUAUGUGUGCAUCUUUUUUCUUCCUUUCGCACAUGUAUGAUGAGGAGUGACAGUCUACCCUUUACUCUGCACUCGUGUGUUGCUCCAUUCGACCAAUGGACGUGCGCUUGACUUCCGAGACUUGAAGACUGCCCUAGUUUUCAACUGAUUGCCGCUCUGAUUGCUUGUUAAACUCACCAAAGUGAUUCCAGCAGCAACGUGUGCCAUUUGGUGAAAGACUCCGUCAGUCAAGUGCCUUUGAGUAGGCACUGAAAGUGACUUGCAACAAAUAUGUAGCCGCGAAAGUUCCGAGAAUUGUUAGCAAUGUGCAGACUCUCUGUCCUGGACACUUUGAAAUUGAGGCAUGGCGGCAUGAAACUGGAGGGGAGGGGUGAGGUUUUAGCACAUGGGUGCAUAUUGCAAGGCCUGUAAGGCCAGGCCAUUUGCACUUUGCUUUUAGAUCACAUAUUGGCAAGCGUACGCAACGUGCGAUUUCUGCCACAUUGAUUUAGAAAACAACAGAAACCGAGGACGCUUGUGCAAUCUUGCGAGUUAUAUACAACUAGUACUCUCUAUCUAAGCAUGGUGAAUGGUUUUUAAUAUGCCAUGACGUGACUUCACUGUGUUGUCUGGUUUAUUGCGGAGUGAUAUUUCAUAACUGAUGCACGGUGUAGAUUUACCCUUGAAAAGAGCAAAAAGUACGCAACAGUGAGCUUCUAGAACGCUUCUUACCAGGGAAGACGUAAAGAUGUCCAUGGUAUUUUUCUAAGUGCUCAGUGUCACCCAUGCACGUUAUUGAAGUUGUGUUCGCUCUAUACCUGCCGAAGCAACAGCCAAAAAAUAUCCGCGAGAAAAUGGACUAGAAGUUGAGAAAACAGGAGUUGCUCACUGCUGAAGUUGAUGUUCACUUUGCUGAGAGAGAUGCUGGGCUAAACAGUGGUGCUGCCUUUCCCAGCUCUCCAAUAUGUCUGUAUAUCAGCCUUGUCCUACAGAUGCAUUGCUCUUCUUGAACAGUACCAAAAUGUCUUAAAAGUUAACUCUUGGAACUGGCAUGCUCCGACAAAUACAGUUUGAUGAACUACGAUAUCUCUUUUUAGUGAAAAGUUACGGAUUUUUAAACUUGAUGCUUCAACUCCCGAUAGUUUCUGAUAUUUGGGCACUUGAGGUUUGUGGUCCAAGUUUCAUUCGCUACAGUUGCUGGAAUUUAACUUUCACUCUCAUAUGCAAGAAAUUUCAUUGAAAUCGAUCCAGAAAUUAUCUCGAGACAGCACUUACUUUGUUUUACAUGGAAUACGUAGUACUUGAGUAAGGCAAUCGAAACUAGGCCCAAGGUAUAGCGUAGACUCAAACAGAAAGACUUUAAAGGAAGCAUGUUGAAUGUCUCACAGUUCAACGUUUGCACAUCUCAGCAAAUGCACAAAACAUUUGAAACACAAAGGCCUACUCAAUCAGUGCCAAAGGUAUGCAUUUUUAGGAAUGUCUAUUUUAUCUUUGAGCAGGAUGGACAUCUGGCAAGAGUUUACAGACCCAUCUUUGCUUUUUUCAAAUAGCUUACUGAAGCUCAAAGAAAAAUUUUAACGUCUUUACAUGAAGCUUUUUGGGGCAUGCUAGCAUUCCUGCGAAAAUGCUUAUAUUUAAAAAAAAAUGCGAUACGAACUGAUGCUUCAAACUGGUAGACAUGCCAACUAUACUUUGAUUCCAUCAUCUUGUUAAACGCGCUUUUCUACAUUCCUCCUCAUCCUUGCUGUUUCCAGUUUUUUGUGCUUUAUUUUUUUACUUUUUAUGGUGAUGGAUACCUCAUAGAUGUUGCACUAUACGUUUGUUUGAAUUCUGUACUGAUGGUGAUAGCUUUCUGAGAUCGUGCUGUUCUUGCUAGACUUGAUCUCACACCUAAUUCAUGUGGUCACGUGUGGCAACGCGCGUCAAGUACGUUUAGCGAUUGCGAGCUGUUAACAUCAUGGCAUUUAUUGCCGCAGCCACCUUGUGAUUUCGCCGAAGCGAGCGAAAAGACAAAGUUUAUUAAGCUGGAUUCUGUGAUUAGAAAUAAGACGCGUUACAGAUUUUCACUGCACGAUUGUAAAUCCGGCGCACUUAAGCUGUCGUGAAUUACAAAGAUUUCAAAGGUCUGUCUAUAGCUGUCUGAGAGCGCACUGUCUACUAUCGUGGACGAGCAAAGCCUGAACGGGAAUAUUCGAAAAUAACAUUACAGGCAGGGCAGAGAUUGGCAAGUUGUAUGUGAACUUGUGCGUGUGAUAGAGUAUUACAUGUAAUUUAAUGGAGAGGGCAUUCUACCAUUGUACGAAGGCCAUCGAGGAAAUUUUUUAUGUGGAUCUUCGAAUUUCCCUGUUCGCGUUUUCUUUGUCCAUGAUUGUACUGUGAGCUGGCAACAGCCAAUUCACGUGAAACUCGCGUUUUAUAAGCUGCAUUUGAGUCUCAAAUGCACUGGUGCAGGCGUGUCUUUGUUGCUCAUGUUAUUGUUACCUCUUUACUUUAUUUCUUGAGAAUUUUUGACAAUAUGCAGGAGUUAUCUGUCUACUGAACAAUUUUACUAUAUUAUAUAUAUAUAUAUACCUGUUUAGUGUGUGCGUGUGUCUGCUUUGGAACUUUGGAAAUGAUUGUGGUAACGAAACAGGGCCAAUUCUGAGACUACACCGACGACGAUGUGCGCGAUGCUUUCGCAACACAGAUAUCGUCACUGUUACGCUGUUCGACGUAGAUGCUGUGCGACGCUGCCUGUCCGCAAAUUUUACUUUUUUUGUAAGACUUGAAGGAAGACAUUUUCUUUUUGGAAACGAUUGUUUUUGAGGUUGUACAUCCCAGCUGCGUUGAAUGCAACUCAUUCCAAGGGGCUCUUACGUUUGUUCCUAUGCCAGAGUUGUGUAAAUGAGUGCACCAAACUGCAUGGACUAGCGUGUCGAAAAAUGUGAGACAUGUUUGAGGUAUGAAUGCGCAAUAAAUGUGAUUUUUUUU